AAAAUUGAGAAGUUUUUUACAGUUGAUAUUAGAAAUACUGAUUUACAUAUGAUGUUGGAGUUUGAAAAGUUAUUUUCAGUAAAACAUUCUUUAGUAACAAACCGUCGUUUAAAAUUAAAUGGAGGAAGAAGGUGUUUGCAACGAAUUCGAUGAUUUAAAAGUUAAAAAACUUCCCCAAGAAGUGUUGAACACGCUUGCACAUGAAUUACCCAAUGACUGGAAAAAGCUUGCUCGUAGAUUGGAUAUUGGCGAUGAAAAAAUUGAUUGUGUGUUGAGUGAGUUUAAUACUGCCUUUAAACAAACCUAUCAAAUUCUAAACAGUUGGAUUAGAACGUAUCCUAAUAAAGUAUGGAAAGAUAUUAAAAAUGGAUUGGUUUAUUGCGAAAGAAACGAUGUAAUUGAUAAGUGUGAACGAAAACUAUCUUUAAAUUCAAUGUUUCGUGUCCAACCCACUAUGGAAAAUUUCCAUCCACGUAAAAAAGAACUUGAUGAAAUACAUCGUUGUUUAGUCGAGAAACAAAAUAAAAAAAAGCCUUUAGUAUUAUGUGGAAUGUCUGGCGUUGGAAAGACACAAAUAGCCAGAAAAUAUUGUGAAGAAUAUAGGAAGUUUUAUGAAAACAUUAUAUGGAUAGAUGCGGCAUUUGGAAAAUUAAGUACUUCAGUGGAAGCGGUUUUCAUCCUUUUGCCAUCACUCAGGCAAUAAAAUAUAUAAACGCACACUCAAUUGCAAUUGAAAAAUAUUUAUAUCGAUAUAGAUUGCAUCCCGUACAAAUACUAGAUGAUGAUAAAUUUCCAACCGAAGAAGAAUCAAUGUCUGCUGUGCGAACUAUAAAUUUAGUUUUAAUGAAAUUAGAAAAUGAUGAAAGCAUUUCUUUAAAAUUACUGAACUGUUUAUCACAUUGCGAUGGUCAAAAUAUCAGCAAACAUUUUAUAGUUCAGAUUUCGAAAUAUAUUGGAAUAAAAGAUGAAUACUUCGUUGAUGACGCCAUAAGAUUACUGGUCAGUUAUUCCUUACUAGAUUAUUUAGACGAUGAAAAAUAUUCAAUGCACGAUCUAACACAGUUGUCAUGUAAAUAUUUUCAAAGUAAGAAUUCCAGUACAAAAACAUUCUACAGUCUUAUGGAAAAUUAUUUUAGAUUCGAGUUAAAAGAUAUAGACAAUCAUGUUGAUUACGGAAAAGACUAUGUUUUUCAUUUUUUGAAAAUGUUUCGAAAAAAUAAAAAAAGUAUGACGGAAUCUUUUCACCGUUUAUCAAGCAUUAUAAAUGAAUUCUUAACAUGUAAAGGUUUAUUUCAAGAAGAAAUUGAAAUACUAAAAGCUGUUCAAAGUUUCAAUGCAGAAACUUAUGGAGCAAAUAAUGAACUAACUCUUGAAACAAAUCAUAAUAUUGCAAUCUGUUUGAGCGAUAUGGGAAAAUAUAACGAAGCUUUAGAAAUUUAUUAUUCUUCUCAUAAAAUACAAACGGAAACUUUAGGUAUCAUUCAUCCGUCAACAAUUGGUACAAAAAAUAAUAUCGCAAUCUGUUUGAGCAAUAUGGGAAAAUAUAACGAAGCUUUAGAAAUUUAUUAUUCUGUUGAUAAAAUAAAAACUGAAACUUUAGGUAUCAACCAUCCGUCAACAAUUGGUA